CUCAACUGCUCCUUCCGAUUACACGAUUGAUCUUCGUCAUUCUUGCAGAUAUGUUAAAUUCAAGUUCACAGAAUACUGAAAUAUAUCGCACUUACUUCUGGUGGACUGGCGUACUACUUUUGAAGUUACUAUUAAUGAUUCCAUUGACAGGAAUACAGAGGUUCAGAAAACAAGUCUAUAUAUCACCAGAGGAUGUUGCGUUUUUAUCGUUCUUGCCUCGUGCAAAACUAUUGCACAGUGAUCCUGAUGUGGAACGCGUUCGUCGAGCACAUCUCAAUGAUCUGGAGAACAUUCUGCCCUGGAUUUUAUGCACAUGGCUGUGGUUAACCACUUCGCCAUCUCCUUUGCUCGCUGAGCUCCUGAUCAAGACUUUCGCAAUCUGUCGAAUCGCGCAUACGGUCGUUUAUGCCAUUGUUCCUUUUCCUCAGCCUACGAGGUUUCUGGUGUUCAUCGUGGCUCAUCUGAUCACGGUCUAUCAAGCGAUAUCGACAGUAUGCUAUUAUUUCUAACACAUACCGAACGGCUAGUUAUUUAUAGCUUCUGGAUUAACAUAACCGGUGUAUAUUGUUUACAUUUUAUCGCCCUUCUGAGAUAUACGUUAUCACCCGCUGAAACUGUGGAGGAUGAACUAUGGAACAUAUCUGGCGAUUAGUUUGAUGAACUAGUGAUGCAUGUUUGUGAGUGACCACCAUGGGCGGAAUUAACUACUUUACAGCGAUCUACAUGUUUCUUGCUAAAGAAAUAUCUUGGUUGCGGAUAAAUUUAUUUUGUGGAAAGUAUCGGCAUUGCAAGCCAAAUAAUGACAACUUUGGAUACAAGUGGAAAUGAUUUUGCGAAAAAAUGACAUGUACAACGUUGGCUUUAGAUGGUGAAAACAUUAUCGGGAGUUAUGUCAUUCUUUUUAUAAAAUACAGUAAGUAUUCAAUUUAAGCAAUGUAAUAUUUGCGGUAAAAAUUACUAAUGGCGAAUAAAUAUUGUUCCGAGUUGGUACGAGAACGAGAUCACCAGCAAGUGGCAGAGUUUUGAGAGAAAAUAUCAGAUUUACCGGAAAUCUAUCCACUUCUGCUUUGGCGGGAGAAUGUUAUCAAUUCCUCCAAAAUCUUUCACUUCUUGAAGUGAAUCAACUUUUUAUUCCAAAACAUUUAUAUACAGGCAAUCUAAUGAAAGUGCAUAGUAAAAGCUUGGUAAAGCUAAGUUCAAUAGAAUUAAAUUUAAUUUAAAA